UUCUUCCUUUGAUUUUCUUCCUCUUCCAAAAUAGAUUUUCAAUUUUAGAUUUUAGUAGUAUUGCUAAAUUAUUUCUUUACAAAUAUUCACGAUUCUUUGAAUAGUAGUACACACGUAUUAAUUUAAUAUUUCUAAUUGACGAGGUGUUCUAUAUACGGCAAAACGUAUAAAGAGCCUUUGAAUAGUGUUUUAAAAUUUAUAUGUUUUUUUCGAUUGAACAGUAAAAUUAACGUUAAGGAAAAAUAAAGUUGAUGUUAAGUCAGCUUCACAAAAUAUGUAUCCGCAUAUUGUUACUAAAAAAGAAAGAUAUAAGAAAGAAUAAAAAAUUUUACUCAUACUUAACCAAUAAAAAUGAAGUUUGUGGAUAUAACAAAAUUAUUUGCAUUAGCAAGAAUGCUAAUAAUUGUAGAAAUUACUUAAAUUACUCAAAUGAAAAUGUUACUUUGCCAUCCCAAUCACAGAUUGUCAUUGCAGGUGCAGGGACAGUUGCGAAUUCUGUCGCUUAUCACCUUAUCCUUAAUGGGUGGCACGAUGUUCUUGUAUUGGAACAAAACAAGAUCGGUAGUGGGACAUCAUAUUUUGGAUCUGGAACUCUUGGUUUAUUCAAACCAAUUUCUCACAGGAACUUGAUUUCUUACAGUAUUAAAUUAUAUCAGAAAUUGCAAGAAAUGGGAUAUGAUAUUGGAUUGAAACAAUGUGGGAGCAUAAAUUUAGCACAAACAAAAGAUAGGAUAAUAGCUUUAAAAAGAAGGAUGGCAUAUAAUGUUCCAACUGGUUUACAUUGUGAGAUUUUAGAUAAAGAUCAUCUGAAACAAUUACAUCCAUAUCUGCAUGUAAAUGAUAUUGAAGGAGCCAUUUGGGUACCAGAAGACGCAGUAGCAGAUCCCAGUGCUAUUUGUGAAAUUUUAGCAAAAUUAGCCAAACAAGGAGGAGCAAGAUAUAUUGAAAAUUGCCGCAUAGAGCAAGUCUAUACUAAAAAUAAAGCUGUACAAAGUGUGCGAACUGACCAGGGCAUGGUUAUUUGUGAAUAUUUCAUUAAUUGUGCAGGAAUGUGGGCUCGUGAAUUAGGCUUAAGAUGUAAUCCACCCGUAAGAAUACCGGCAUAUCCUGCAGAACAUUUUUAUGCAAUUACACCUCCUCUAUCAUCAGAAUUGAAAAUAAAUUUACCAUGCGUUCGAGAUUUCGACUCGUAUUCAUAUAUAAGAGAAUGGCAAGGUGGUCUAUUGGUUGGUUGGUUUGAAGCUGAAGCUAAACCUGCAUUUGAAAGUGGAUUAGUUCCAUCUAAAAACUGGACACAACACGUAAAGGAUGAUCCUAUUCAUUGGAAACCUCUUUGGGAUAAAGUUAUACAUAGAAUACCAAUUCUGAAAAGUUUAAAGAAACCAGAUGUAUAUAAUUAUCCAGAUAAUUUCACUCCAGAUGGUAGAUGGAUUUUAGGUGAAAGUCCUGAAGUGAAAAACUACUUUGUUGCUGUGGGAAUGAAUGGAAAUUCGCUACAAGGAGCGGGAGGUAUUGGAAAAGAAGUUGCCGAAUGUUUAAUAAAUGGUGAAUCUACCCAAGAACUCCUUCCAUUUAAUGUGCAAAGAUUUUUAGAUUUGCAUAAUAAUAAACAGUAUUUACAGCAAAGAAUUAAAGAAGUAGUUGGACGAAAUUAUGCUAUUCUCUAUCCUCAUCAAAGUGAAUACAAAUACGCCCGUAAAUUGCGUUGUUCGCCAUUGUAUUCUGUUCUCGAGGAUCAUGGAGCUAUAUUUGGAGUUAAAAUGGCAUAUGAACGACCACUUUAUUUCGAUUCAAAUUAUCGUCGAGGACAAAAGAAACCAGUUAUGCCAUUAGGAAGUUUUUAUAAACCUAAAUUUUUUGACUUCAUGAAGGAAGAGUUUCAAGCAUGUCGAGAGGGUGUAGGAAUAAUAGAUAUGAGUUCAUUUUCUAAAAUUGAAAUUAAAUCUAGUCGCUUGGAAGUAGUAAAUUACCUUCAAAAAUUAUGUUCCAAUAAUGCAAAUAUACCAAUUGGUGGCAUAGUGCAUACUGGUAUGCAAAAUGAAAAAGGUGGCUAUGAGAAUGAUUGUAUGCUAGUUCGUCAAGCAGAAAAUAGUUACUUUAUGGUUUCACCAACUUCACAACAAACACGUAUUUAUCAAUGGAUGUCCAGACAUUUACCGCACGGUCAUUCUGUUGGUCUUAAUGAUGUGACUUCAAAAUAUACAGUUAUUAACAUGGUAGGACCUAAAUCUACUGAAUUACUUUCUGAACUUUCUAAUUCGGAUAUUAAUCUUUCCCCUUUCACAUACAAGACAGUAAAUGUAGCAUAUGCCUCAGAUGUAAUGGUUAUGGCAUUUACGCAUACUGGUGAAUCUGGAUAUUGUUUAUAUAUACCUUCUGAAUAUGCGCUGCACGUAUACUCAACGUUAAUGGAAAUUGGUAAAGAUUAUGGUGUGCGCGAUGUUGGUGUGCUCACACAACGCUUUAUGAGAAUAGAACGUUUUAUUCCUUUUUGGGCAGAAGAGUUGACACCAUUUGUUACACCCUAUGAAGCAGGAUGUGGAUACAGUGUUAAACUGGAUUUUGUUUUUUUUUUUUACAUUUUAAAGAAAGAAUAUUUCAUUGGAAAAUUUGCAUUACAACGUCAAAAAGAACAAGGUGUCACUAAGAGAUUAGUAUUGUUUAUGCUCAACGAACUUGAUGCAAAUAAAAAUAUAUGGGCAUGGGGUGGAGAACCUAUUUAUCGAAAUGGUGAAUUUGUUGGAACUAUUACAUCUGCAGGAUAUGGCUUUGCUACAGAAAAACUUAUAUGUCUUGGUUUCAUUGGUUUACCUGGAAUGAAUCUUCAAAACAGCACGAAUAUUGUUACAACAGAUUUUAUAAUGGAACCUACAUCCCAUUAUGAAAUAGAUAUUGCUGGAUGUAGGUUUUCUGCAAAACCUCAUAUUCAUCCUUUACCAAUUCCUGCCUUAAACAGUAAACUUAAUAAAAAAUAUAUUCCUACACCAGUUACAUCUUAUCAAAGCGAUAUAUCACGAUAGAAAUACGGUGUUUUAUCAUUACAUAUUUCAUAUAUAAACAUAUGAGAAAAUAUAUUAAGAUCUCAUAAGUAAAAUAUGAUUGUGGAUAAAAAAAAAGAAAUUACAUACUAA